AGCGCAAGUGAGCGCCCUGUCGUCGACAGGUGGCGUUCGAGGCCGCGAUACGCUCGCAGUCUCAUCUGGUCCUCUGCUGACUCGGACCGUCCUCUGAAGGUGACCGCUGCCGACGCCACGGAGACCCUGAGCCCGCUCGCGGAGGUGCCGGAGAACGAACGUCAGAAUACGGUGGCUCUGCGUACAAUUCGAGAGCACCCUCACCUAUUCUCGGUCGUCACUCCCAUCAACGUGCAGCGCUUCAGCGACCUCCUCGUCGGCCACCCCAAUCGCGCAUUAGUGGAUUCGGUGGUGAGGUCAUUGACAGAGGGUGUUUGGCCAUGGGCAGAUACGUCGGACCCAUCGCUGCCGGUCACUUGGGAUAACGAGGCCAGGCCGUUGUCGGACCCGGGCGACAUCGCGUUCGCGUGCGAGCAGCGUGAUCGCGAGGUCGAGCUCGGGAGGUUCUCUCCUUCAUUCGGGCCGGACUUGCUGCCUGGCAUGUACGCAGUGCCGGUACACGUCGUUCCGAAGCCGGGAACAAACAAGAAGAGGCUUGUCGUCGACCACAGCGCUGGCCAGCAUCCGCUCAACGCGAUGAUCCCCAAAUCUCGGGGGUUCGUCCAUCUCGAUAACCUCAGUCAUCUCGGGGCUGCCUUGCGACGCGCGCGCCGUAUCUACGGCCGCGAUGUCAAGCUGGUCGUCUGGAAGUCCGACGUCGCUCAGGCUUACCGGCAAAUUCCCAUGCACCCUCUAUGGCAAAUCCGGCAGACCUUACGCAUCGGCGGCAGCAGACACGUCGACCGCGACAACAACUUCGGCGGCCGUCCCUCUGGCAACAUCUUCGUGACCUUUUUCAGCCUCGUCAUUUGGAUCGCAAUAUACGUCAAGCUGCUGCAGGACUUACUCGACUACAUCGACGAUGCGUUCUCGUGGGAGUUUGCGGACGACCUCGAAUAUUACGAGCCCUAUCAGGACUUCUUCCCACGGAAGCAAGCCCAAUUCCUUUGCCUCCUCGACGAGCUCGGCAUUCCUCACGAACCUCAUAAGCAACUAUAUGGGGAGCAGCUGGAGAUCAUUGGUUUCCUCGUCGACCCUAACGCCAUGACCAUCACCCUGCCCCCGAGCGCUCGCCGCGACCUGGUCGCCGCGAUUCGCGCAUUCGUUGUACGCCGCCGCGCUUCCUUACGGGAUUUCCAGCAGCUCGGAGGCUGGUGCAACUGGGCCUUCAACGUCUAUAUCCUACUCCGCCCCGGCCUCUGCACCCUCUAUCGCAAGAUUCGAGGAAAGACCAAGGCGAAUGCAAGUCUCAUGGUCAGCGUCCGCCUGCGACGCGAGCUUACCUGGAUGGCCGACCACAUCGAGCAGCACAACGGCAUUCGCAUGUUGGACUCGGACGAGUGGGGUUCCGGGGAGGAGGACGUGCGCAUGUUCACCGACGCAUCG